AAGACCACAAAAAACUGCAAUUAGUCUUGAAUGUGUCACAUGUUGAUACAUUGUUCAAUUUGUCAUAUGACAUCUCUCACUAUCAUGAUAACUCAAGAUAACUUUGUAAACUCGACUCUUGAAGAAAAGAGGUCGCCUAGCAACAACUAUUGCUCACAAUUCAGUCAGUUUGUGUCACACUGGAGCAGCCAAAAUGCCAAGUCAAAAUUCAGCUGUGGAAAAAGAAGGAAAAGAAGAAGCCCAUCCUGCUCCUCCACCAGUGUCAGAUAUCAACAGCAGCAACCACAGCUACUGGAGAGCUGUCUCCACCAGAGCCCCGGCGCUCGUUGAGGUCUACAACACGUCAUCUUUUUUCCCCCCUUUCUCUCUGCUCUCAUUGUUGGGCACUUGGAUGCCUAAAACACACAGUGGCAGAGAUUUGGUUUCAACGGAGAAAAUGGAACAAUAACACUGGAUGAAUAAGCUGAAGGGGUGUAUUAAGCCCUCUUCAAGGCUCGCUGGGCCAUCACGGACCAUGAGGACAAUACGAUCACGGCUCACAUUCCCUCUCAUCAUCCUGCUUUGUGUCAUCCAGCUGCAGCACGGCCACGCCUUGGACAUUUCGUCAGAUGCAGAUAAACACAGAGGGAACCACCUGGUCGUCACCCAAAUACCUGCGUCUGAGGAAGACAACGGCUUCGGAUACAAAGGGUCUCGUCUUCGCCAGGAAGACUUCCCUCCUCGCAUUGUGGAGCACCCCUCUGACCUCAUUGUGUCCAAGGGGGAACCAGCCACUCUCAACUGCAAGGCAGAGGGCCGUCCAACCCCCACGGUGGAAUGGUACAAAGAUGGGGAGCGCGUUGAGACGGACCGCGACAACCCCCGCUCCCACCGCAUGCUGCUGCCCAGCGGGUCCCUCUUCUUCCUACGCAUCGUCCACGGGCGAAGGAGCAAACCCGACGACGGCAGCUACGUGUGCGUGGCCCGAAACUAUCUGGGCCAGGCGAUCAGUCACAAUGCUUCCCUGGAAGUAGCCAUUUUACGUGACGACUUCAGACAGAACCCUGUGGAUGUCAUGGUCGCCGUGGGGGAGCCCGCAGUGCUGGAGUGCCAACCGCCCCGAGGGCACCCUGAACCCACCAUCUCCUGGAGGAAGGACGGAGCCAAUGUAGACGACAGAGAUGAACGCAUCACCAUCCGCAGUGGCAAGCUGAUGAUCACCAACACCAGGAAGAGUGAUGCGGGCAAAUACAUCUGCGUAGGAACCAACAUGGUGGGGGAGAGGGAGAGCGAGAUCGCCGAGCUCACUGUGCUGGAGCGCCCAACCUUCGUGAAGCGGCCCAGCAGUGUGGUGGUGUUAGCGGACGAGAGUGUGGAGUUCCACUGCGUGGUCCAGGGGGACCCUGUUCCCACUAGCCGCUGGAGGAAGGACGAUUCUGAACUGCCGAAGGGCAGAUUUGAAAUCCUCGAGGACCACACUCUGAUUGUUCGCCAAGUGACCCCCUCAGAUGAGGGCUCCUACACAUGUGUGGUGGAGAACAUGGUCGGGAAGUCGGAAGCAUCUGCCACGCUCACUGUGCACGUCAACACUGUGCCCCCGGCAUUCGCCAUACGCCCCAGGAACCAGGUGGUGACGGUGGGCAGGACGGUCACCUUCCAGUGCGAGGCCACCGGCAACCCGCAGCCCGCCAUAUUCUGGCAGAGGGAGGGCAGUGAGAGUCUGCUGUUCUCUUACCAGCCACCGCAGCCCUACAGCCGCAUGUCCGUCUCCCAGAUGGGCAGCUUGACCGUCACUGACGUGCAGCACUCCGAUGGCGGCUUCUACAGCUGCCAGGCUCUCAACAUCGCUGGCAGUGUGAUUACCAAAGCACUGCUGGAGGUCACAGACUCUGGGUCAGACCACCCUCCUCCUGUGAUCAGGCAGGGCCCAGUCAACCAGACUGUUCCCGUGGACAGCACAGUAGUCCUUGGGUGUCGAACUGCUGGUCCACCAUCGCCUGCAGUCCACUGGAAGAAGGACGGAGUGCCGUUGUCUCCAGUGGACGCCCGUGUGUCCCAGACAGACACAGGGUCACUGGAGAUUCGCUACGCUAAGUUGGGAGAUACAGGCCUCUACACUUGUGUAGCUUCCAGUCCAAAUGGAGAGGCGUCCUGGACGGCAUACCUGCAAGUGGAAGAGUUUGGUGUCCAGUCCACUCAUCCCACAGACCCUAAUCUGAUUCCCAGCGCUCCACUUAAACCUGAGGUGACCGACAUCAGCCGCACCUCUGUCACGCUGUCGUGGAAAACCAACCCCAGCGCCGGUGCAACACCUACAUCCUAUCUAAUCGAGGCAUUCAGUUAUACAUUAGGCAGCAGGUGGGUGACUGUAGCUGAGCAUGUGAAGACGCAGACCUUUGUCCUGAGGAACCUGAAGCCUGGAGCUGUCUACCUCUUCAUGGUCAGGGCAGUGAAUGCUUACGGCCUCAGUGACCCCAGUCCAAUCGCUGAUGCUGUUAGAACACAGGACAGCACUUCCACCAUGCAGGGAGUGGAUCAUCGUCACAUCCAGAGGGAGCUGGGAGAUGUGGUGAUCCACCUGCACACGCCAGCCGUCCUGUCGCCUUCUGCUGUCAGACUGCAGUGGAUGGUCGAGCAACAGUCCCCGUACACCCAGGGCUACAGGGUGUUUUACAGGCCGUCCGCCGAGCACGGCCAGCCCGAGGGGCAGUGGAGUGUCCUGGAGGUGCGCACCCCACGGGAGGACGGGGUGGUGAUCGGUCAGCUGAAUAGAGGAGCCAUAUACGAGUUCAAAGUGCGUCCCUUCUUCGACGAGUUCCAGGGAGCUGACAGCGAGGUCAAGGUGAUUAGGACAUUGGAGGAAGCCCCUAGCAGAGCACCCCAGGGUGUCACGGUGACAAAGAGUGACGCCAAUGGAACCGCCAUCCUCAUCGCCUGGAAACCGCCUCCAGACCCACAAGAGGCAAGAGUCAUUCAGGAGUACAAGAUCUGGUGCCUGGGCAACGAGAGUCGCUACCAUGUAAACCAGUCCGUCGACGGCUCUACCUUCUCUGUGCUCAUCUCCGGCCUGGCACCGGGAGUUCGCUACAGUGUAGAGGUCGCGGCAAGCAACGGCGCCGGACCCGGGGUCAAGAGCGAUGUCACUUUCUUUCAGUUGGACUCUGCAGGCCAGAUGAUGGACAUCAGUGUGGAGAGAGACACGCUGUCUCAGAUCUCGGAUGUGGUGAGGCAACCGGCGUUUAUCGCGGGCAUUGGCGCCACCUGCUGGUUGAUCCUCAUGAUUUUCAGCGUGUGGCUCUACCGUCACCGGAAGAAGAGAAGCGGCCUGAGCAGCAUAUACACUGGCAUCCGCAAGGUCCCAUCAUUCACCUUCACUCCUACAGUUGCGUAUCAAAGAGGCGAAUCUGUGUGCAGUGCUGGCAGACCUGGCCUCCUCGGCAUGGGUGAACCUCUGAACCAGCUGUGGCUCCCGGACAAUUGGCCGAAUGCAUGUGCCAAUCACAAGGACUGCAGCAUCAACUGCUGCAAUAAUGGCAACGGCACCAGUGACAGCAACAUGACAACGUACAGCCGCCCAGCCGACUGCAUCGCCAACUACGGGAGCCAUCCAGAAAGUAAACAGGGGGGCCAGCUUGCCUCCGAGACGGCCAUUUACAGUGACGUGAACCUGUCCAACAAGCUCAACGAGAUCAAAACGUUCAACAACUCCAACCUGUGCUAUGCAAGUCCAGGGGGAGAUCCGGCAGCCACGUACGAGCCCAUCCCGUACGCCACCACGCAGCUCAUUCAAGCCAGCAUCAAGAAUAAGGCCUCCUCCUCCGGUGGCGGCGCGAUAGCAGAGCCCCUGGACAUGCCUUGCUGGAAACAGCCCCCCAACCCGCCCCCGAUACCCAGGGAGAUGGCAGCGCAGAUGCAGUACAACAUUAUUGAGCAGAACAUGUUAAAUAAAGAUCAUCUGCAAGGAAGUGACGGAAUGAUCCAUCCUAAAACCAUCGCCUACAGCCAGAGCCGCGAUCACAGCACAGCAGGCUCCCACCACAGCUCCGACAGAGGCAGCAGCAGCACCUCAGGGAGUCAAAAUCAAAAGAAGGGAAUGCGGUGCCCAAAGAUACCAAAACAUAAUGCGGUGAGCUGGGGAGAAGCCCUGUCUGCUCCUCAUGCUAAUGCCUGGGACUGCGAUGAGUACAGCCUACCCAUGGAGCGGAGUUAUGACACAGAGGAGAGAAGAGAGGGCUGUCCUACUCCGCCGGUAAGAGGGGCAGCGUCGUCCGCUGCCGAAGUGUCCUAUAGUCUCCCACCCACCGCAUCACCGCAGGGGGACCUGCGCAGUGACCUGCACAGCGGAAACGAACACCUGAGGUCAAUUUCCAAUGCACUCUGCAGCCAACACGUCACCAGCCACCCGAGUCCCCUCUCCCCGACACACACCUACAGCUCCAUACCCCUCUGCGUGGACACUGAUGAGCAGGAAGAUGACGAGGAGCAGGAGGAGGAGGAGGAGGAGGAGACAGACGCAGAGCUCGGCGACGGUCGCUACGGCCAGCACCAUGACCGGCAGAGGCACCAACACGAGCUGCACCACCCCUCUCCACACAAGCUGCUCUUCCACGGCCUGGACCAGACCCCAGCCUCCAGCACCGGGGAUCUGGACAAAUCAGUCACGGGGUCCAUGGUGAACAGCUGGGGCUCAGCGUCCGAGGACAACAUCUCGUCGGGCAGGUCCAGCGUUGUCAGCACCUCAGAGGGGUCCUUCUUCACGGACGGCGAUUUCAACCAGGCAGUGGCCUCUUCACGGGAUAUUGUGGGCCUGCGCAUGUGCAGAUACCCGGAGGAGUCAGGCCGGCGGCACCAGCGUCCCAGCAGCCCCAUGUCCACAGACAGCAACAUGAGUCCUGCCAUAACACAUAAAAGGCCCAGGAGGCAUAAACAGAACCAGUGUGGUCAACAGGUCUACCAACCCAAAGACGUCUUCAACGAUGACUCUUGCAUGCCUCUGAAUUUCUCCAGCCAGAUGUCCCACGGGGACUAUAAAGUGAGGGGGGCCACGCUGCCUCGGAUGGGCUCUGGGGACGCCCGGGGUCGACGGGGCAGCACUGGGACUCACAGGGUGAAGGAGGGCACGUUUGAGCACAGAGAGAGCCACGACAAGCACAAGUCUCCAAUGGGAGGGAAAGGAAGUGGCAACAGCCGACAGCACUCAGAAUUCGGGGACGUCCUUCUAUACAGCCGCCCCUCGUUCCCAUCAGGUCAAGCUCAGAGGGAGACAAAUGAUCCCAAUUCAUCCACCUUGAUGUCGUGUGGAGACUCGAGGACCAAACAGGGAGGACAGGUGCGACAGGAUGAAGAGUUCCUGAAAAGCUAAAAAGCAACGCCAGCACAGGAGGAAUCUCCUGCAGCUGCUUCAUACAAAAGGACUCGGACCUUUUACCACGAUGAAAAAGACUUAAAAAAAAUACUGCACAACACAUGCUAUCAUUUUCUACUUCAAGUUUCUCAUUAGAUGUUGGAAAAGAAAAAGAAAAAAAGGGGGGUGCUCUCAUGUUUAAGUCUGUGGACUUAAUUGUCUAUUGUUUGCUUUGUGGGCGACCAGCUCCCAGGAGCCUGGUGCGCCGGUCGCUCGCUAAAAGUAAGACGAAUGCACAUUCGAUGGCUGUUGUUGAGUGUCGACGGAAAAUUGUCCACGGCGGCCGCUUGAGGCGGCCCACGCGCUCUUUGCUUGUCAGUUGUCUUUGUUACUUUUUAACUGUAAUUGCUAUUGGGUCAUCACCAGCCAUCUUGUAAACUGUUGAAAUUGUUUACUGCCACAGAAGUGCUUCGAAUUCAAAUUUUUAUAGAGCGGUGUCAAUGUUUUCUAAGUGAUGUACAUCUUUGUCUUUGUAUUAUUUGUCCUACUUUGGUUAUAAAAGCACAAUCACUUGAUUUUUUUUAUUUUUAUUGUAAGUCAUUAUUAUACAAAGUUUCUGUCUGGAGGAAAAUCCGUCUUUGGCGUCUCGUUUGGGCAUUUCACCAGGUCAGGUUUGGGCCGAGGAAAUUAAUAUUCGCUUGUGGUUGUGCAUACAGUUGUGUUCCAUUUGAGCUGCUUUCAUUCACAUUUGAACUAUCCGUUGUUUGUACUGAGAGAUUUGCAUGCAGAUUCGCCUGUCGGAGGUUAUUACUUAACACCUUGACUUCUUUGUUCCCCCCUCUGGGACGAUGAAAUAUUCUGGUCAUGGACUGGUUCCAUUAAUCAUUUCUCUCCACCGAGUCGAUUUCAUCUAAACCUGUGUUCCCUUGACUCCGGCCAUAGCUUCUGGAAACGGGGCUGGACAAUGAACCCUAUUUAUUGAAUUACUCCGUAUGAAUUCUUUACUAGCCUAAAUUCACUCAUGUCAAUUUUCAGUAAAUAAAAUUGCCUGGAUCCCGUUUGAUUAAAUUGAGAACAGCUACAGCGGCCACCCAACCAGCGGUUCAGCCAGCCAGUCUGCCUCCAGUCCAGUCAGUAAAAGAAAUUGAAUGUUAAUCAGGCACUGUAUUUAAAUAUAUACCUACAUAAAUAUUAUUGUUUAUUUAUCUUUGGAAAAGUGUACAUUGUGAUAAAGAUGUUGGUCAUACUUGUCCAGCCCCGUUCUGUAAGUUAUGCAGGAUAUGGAACAAAUAUGUCACUUUAACUUCUGUUUGAAUAAAUAUUGCUGUUCCUUAA